UCGUAAUUUUUAGUGCAAAAAUUGACUAUACGUCGUUCGAGUUUGAUUUUUUUUCAAAAUAAAUUUUAAUUUAUUAAUAUCUCGUUUUUUAUUUUUUUGGAUUUUAAUGUGAUAUAGUUUAUUAAUUAUUACAGAGGAUUCGCGCAAAAACCAUAGAGUUCUAUUUUUCACACAGGAACAAUGAUCCAGCUAAACCGUUUGAUCAUCGUUGCGAUUUAUAUUUAUUAUGUCGAAGCGUCCGACUUACUUUCAAAGAUUACGAGUUACAGAGAAAUGGAACAAAAAACGGCCAACGCUGCGUACAAUGAUCAGUUACAAAUAUUGAACAAUGAGCACAAUACUAUGGAGAAGUAUUAUUUAAAAUUCAAAAAUAUAUUCCAAAACAUUACCGAUGAAUUAGAAUACGAAGAAUGGUCUUCGAAUUUGUUUUUGAACAAUAUUGAUUUAAAUAAUAACAAAAUAUUUUUCCAAAACGGCAGCUGCCGGCACAAUUCGUACCAAGAAUAUAAAAACGUUCACGAAUAUUAUUUGGACAACGUUUACAUUCAUCCAUCAAGGUUAAUACCGAUAGUUGCGAAAAUUAAUGCACUGAUCGACGAAGAAGUUCGGUUUUUACGAUCGCAGAAUGAAAAGUUAAAAAUCAGCUUGACAACAAAUAAAAACAGUCACGACAAAAACAUGGAUAGUUUGGAUGCAAGUUCAAAGCUGCCGCAGAAGUAUCACAGUACCACAGAAGAACCAGAGCCAGACGUAGAACUGACGGAUGGUAAUGAUGAAAUUGAAACUACUACACCUUAUACGGAGGAAAAUACGGAAGAAAAUACGGAGGAAAAUACGAAGAGAAAUGUGGAAUAAUAUGUUUAAUUAUAAAUUUAGUGGGCUAUUUAUUACUAUUUUUAUACAAUAUAUCACUGAUUAUGUACAUUGUAUUAUCCAAAA